AUGGCCGACAAUGACAGCCCUCCCGAUGAACCCGCGGUCACGCGUGUUGCGCUAGGCGACUGGAGCAGGGACGAAUGUCUAUACAUCCAGUUGCAUAGCGAACUGCUCCUUGCCGUCGCGCACCUACCUGCCGCACCCUUUCAUUCGAUCAACGACAUUUCUCAGUAUGUUGGCUACUGUCAGUACUUCGCUCUUCCGGACGCCGCGACCAGUGACUCUCCAGAAGAGACAGGCAGCGGAGUGGUAAAAAGUAUCAACACCUUCACCGCCAAGCGGGACGAGCUAUCCGGAUGGGUCAUGUGGGCUCUUCAAGCGACGAAGAUAAAAGCUACCUUCGACAAGAAGUUCCACGACAUCAAAGUGUCACCGGCCAUGCUUCGGGAGUACCGCAAAAUACGCGAGCGAAUUGGCUUCGAUACAUACAUAUACAACCCAAAGUUGUACUCCGCGCUUUGGUCGUUCCUCGAAGACGCUGCUCGGAACCAGUUUCCGGAGUACCAAGGAGACGUCACUCAGGCCGAGCACACACGAGAUAUCGACAACGAUGGUAACGCCCACUCCGUGACCAAAUCCGGACCUGUCAACGACCAGGCGAACACAUCGGACCAGGACCUGAUGGACGAGGGUGACACAUCUGCCGCGGACGACGACAUGAACUCCGGAGCGACUGAUGAGGAAGAACAAGCAGAGCCUGGAGGCUUCGCGCAGGGUCAGGUCCGCGCUAGGUGUACAGGCACCAACAAUGACGGAACGGCCUAUAUUGAAGAGAAGGAUCGUGCGAGUUGGCGAUGCCAUCUCCAUGAUCCGGAGAAGAAGAAGAUCACAGCCGCUGCUCGCGCGGCAAGGAAUGCAGCGAAAAAGGCAGCUGCGGCAUCAGAGCCCAAGAAGCAGAAGGGUGGUAACAAGGAAGGGGAGGGAGAAGAUGCGCAGGCAGGCGGAAAACGCGCUCGGAAGCCUGUAGCAGUGGCUGGAGAAGGAGCAGGUCGGGCAUCCAAGAAGCGCUAA